GCCUGUGCAUCACUCCCUCUGUAUCCUUUAGAAAAGUGAGCUUGGAUUUCUGAAGUCAGAGGUCUGAAGCUGAAAAUACUAACCAUAUACAGUCAGACUUUUUAGGAAUAAAUCUUGUGAGAGGUUUCUCAUAAGCACAGGACUACCUUACAUCACAACUACACCCUCAACUAUCUGAGUCCUGUGUUGACCAUGCCUGGGUGGAGCUGCCUGGUGACAGGAGCAGGAGGGUUUCUGGGCCAGAGGAUUGUCCAAAUGUUGGCGCAGAAGGAAGAGCUGCAGGAGAUCAGAGCCCUGUUCAGGACCUUCAGUCGAAAACACGAAGAGGAAUUGUCCAAGCUGCAGACAAAGGCCAAGGUGACAGUACUGAAGGGAGAUAUACUGGAUGCCCACUGCCUGAGGAGAGCCUGCCAGGGCAUGUCUGCUGUCAUUCACACUGCUGCUGCUAUUGACCCCCUUGGUGUGGCUUCCAGACAGAACAUCCUAGAUGUCAAUCUGAAAGGUACUCAGCUCCUUUUGGAUGCUUGUGUGGAAGCCAAUGUGCCAACCUUCAUCUACAGCAGCUCAAUAAUUGUGGCUGGACCCAAUUCGUACAAGAAGAUUGUUCUGAAUGGCCAUGAGGAAGAGCAUCAUGAAAGCACAUGGCCUGACCCAUACCCAUACAGCAAAAGGAUGGCUGAGAAGGCAGUGCUGGCAGCCAAUGGGAGCACCCUGAAAAAUGGUGACACUUUGCAUACUUGUGCAUUAAGACUCCCUUUCAUCUAUGGGGAAGAAAGCCAAGUCACGUCAUCUAUUGUGAAUGCAGCACUGAGGAACAACAGCAUAAUUAAGAAAAAUGCCUCAUUCUCCAUAGCCAACCCAGUGUAUGUGGGCAAUGCAGCCUGGGCUCACAUUCUGGCUGCCAGGGGCCUACAGGACCCCAAGAAGUCCCCAAGCAUCCAAGGACANUUCUAUUACAUCUCAGAUGACACCCCUCACCAAAGCUAUGAUGAUUUAAAUUGCACCCUGAGCAAGGAGUGGGGCCUCAGCCUUGAUUCCAGCUGGAGCCUUCCUCUGCCCCUGCUCUACUGGCUUGCCUUCCUGCUGGAAACUGUGAGCUUCCUUCUACGUCCAGUCUACAACUAUAGGCCACCCUUUAACCGCCUCUUGAUCACAGUGCUAAAUAGCGUGUUCACGAUCUCCUACAAGAAAGCUCAGCGAGANCUGGGCUAUGAGCCACUUGUCAGCUGGGAGGAAGCCAAGCAGAAAACCUCAGAGUGGAUCGGGACACUAGUGAAGCAGCACAGGGAGACACUAAAGAAAAAGUCUCAGUGAUAUGAGGAGGGCGAGGACAUGGCCCUGGGUGUUAUCAGGUCCUGCAGUGAGGGACUUAGAAACAACCCAACUCUUAACAAUUCCAUUUUCUACACUGUCCAGCUUGUCUUUGGGUCACCAGAAGCCAUGCAAGUCACUUGCCCAGUCACAACCCUUCAGUCCUAAGCCCUUGCCCAGCAAUGCACAGGCUGUUGUGCCUCAGCUGCUGUGACCAAAGGAUCAGUGGCUGGUACUAAAUUGCCUGGAACCUCUUAUAGGUUAGAAUUUUAUCGGGGCUUCCACAUCACCCUUCCAUGUGCCAGUGCAUUUCUUGUCUGAGAAAAUUCCUAUACCUGAAACCCAAGAAAAGAACAAUAAAAUGUUUUAAUGCUU